AUGCACCUUAUAUUUUUAUUAACUGUCUACUCAGAAGCCUUUAUAUUUGCCAUUGAUGAGAUUAACAUGAACCCAGAUCUUUUACCCAACAUCACUCUGGGCUAUCAGCUUUAUGACUCAUGUUCGGAUGAAGGCAAGGCGAUAGAGAACGUUAUACGGAUAAUGCACGGUGCAACAGAAGCCAUUCCAAAUUACGACUGCUGGAGCCAAGGCAAAUUAGCUGGUUUUAUUGGAGACCUGACAUCUGUGACAACGAUGGCUGCUUCCAAAAUGCUGGGAAUGUACGGGUACACUCAGAUAACUUACGGAGCAACAGAUCUGGUCUUUAAUAACAAACUUCGGUUCCCAACAUUUUUCCGGUCUCUCCCCAGUAACAUCCCUCAGUAUGAGGCCAUGGCUGAGCUUCUGCUAAAAUUUGGAUGGAACUGGGUUGGAAUAAUAACCUCAGAUGAUGAUUCUGGCGAAGAAGAAAGUCGCGAAUUAGAAAAAGUUUUUACUACUUGGAGAAUCUGCAUAGAAUACAUUGAGAGCACGCAUACAGUUCAUUACAACUAUAACUAUGAUAUUUUGAUAAAUACAAUUAAAAAAAGCACAUCACAGAUAAUCAUAAUUUGUGGAAAUUCUGCUGCUUUCUCUUAUUUUUAUGUUUCAAAUAUAUUUCAAGAAAUUGCUAAUAAAACAUUUAUUUUCUUGGCUUCAAUUAUACCUUAUGAUUUUGAUAUAACGAAUUACGAUCCACGUAAUGGAAGUCUUGCUUUUGAGUUUUAUGGCGCUAAAAUCCCAGGACUCACAGACAUUUUCAAAAAUAUUCGAGCUACAAGCCCUCAGCAUGAUAUGUUCCUAGAAGGAAUUUUUGCAAUAUUUGUUUCUUGUGUUACUACUGAAGUGCAUUGGGAAGUUGAGAAACAAUUAAAUUUUACAUCUGGAGCUUUCCCACCUUUAAGAAAUUGCACAAAAAACACAAAUUUGAGUUCUUUUGAAAGUUUGGUUUUUGAUAUAAACAACUUCAGGAUAACGUACAAUGUGUACAACGCUGUUUAUAUGAUGGCGCACGCUAUACAUGAAAUGCAUCGGUCCACAUCAGCUCCAGAAUAUAGAUGGAAGGUUCCUCGUGGUGUGUGCAGUGAGUCUUGUGGCCCUGGCUUUUACAAAACUCACAAGAAAGGAGUAAAACACUGCUGUCAUGAUUGUGUACGCUGUGCAAAAGGAGAGAUCUCCAACACAUCAGAUAUGGAAAUCUGCACACCAUGUCCAGAGGAUGAGUGGCCAAAUGAGAAGCAGGACAGAUGUUUACCCAAGGACCUAGAUUUCUUGUCUUAUGGAGAUUUAAUUGGCAAAUUGUUGUCUUUCUUCUCUGUUCUUCUUUGUUCUCUGACUGUUGCAGUCAUUGUGCUUUUCAUCAGACAUCGUGACACACCAAUUGUCAAAGCCAAUAACCGUGAUCUCAGCUUUGUCCUUCUGUUCUCUCUCAUGCUGAGCUUUCUCUGUGCUUUGCUUUUUAUUGGGAAACCUGAGGAUUUAACCUGCAUGUUAAGACAGACCUCCUUUGGGAUCAUCUUCUCUGUAUCUGUAUCAUCGCUACUAGCCAAGACUAUCAUGGUUGUCAUUGCCUUCACAGUGACCAGGCCAGGCAGCAGAUGGAGGAAGUGGAUGGGAAAUAGAAUAUCAUAUGGUGUUGUCAUAAUGAGCUCACUGCUUCAAGUAUUGAUAUGUGGGAUCUGGUUGUCUAUGUCACCCCCUUUUAAGGAUGUUAAUAUGAACUCUGAGAUUGGCAAAAUAGUCAUUGAAUGUAAUGAAGGCUCUUUAGGUGCCUUUAUCUCCGUACUGGGGUAUCUGGGACUUCUGGCUGGGGUGAGCUUCACUGUGGCCUUCCUGGCACGUACAUUACCUGAUAGCUUCAAUGAGGCCAAGUACAUCACCUUCAGCAUGUUGGUGUUCUGUAGUGUUUGGGUCUCAUUUAUCCCAGCCUACCUGAGCACCAAGGGAAAAUAUAUGGUGGCUGUGCAGGUAUUUGCUAUAUUAGCUUCUGGCACAGGGCUCUUGGGUUGUAUAUUUGUUCCAAAAUGUUACAUCAUUGUUUUAAGGCCUGAACUAAAUACUAAGGAGCAAAUAAUAGGAAAAUCUGCAGUUAAUUAG